ACAAGGGGUCGUGCCUAUACCCGCAAAAAAACAUCCGGUGCUGAUUUGGGUUGAACGUUUGGUGUUGCAUUUCGGCGCCCACAGUCGCAUUACCAGCUCAGCUCGAAGGAAGAAGAUGAUCGAACCACAAAACCCACCUCACAGCUUCGAGUUCUUGACUUAGUUUUUUCUGAAUCGCUAAUGCAGAUCGUAAUCGCCCAGUAUUGACCCGUUCCGCAAAUUUUUUUAGUUGUAGAAUGUUGACGGGCCGUUCAGAUGUGCUGCCAGAACUUGGCUCAUCAAAGAAUCUGCUGCAUUCUGGUUCUGGGUCAGAGCUUAGUGAUGAUGAAGAAGCCGGAGCUUCUGAUCAGAUACUGUACACAGCAUCUUUCAAGGAACUUGCUGCAAAAAAUGUGCAGUAUGAAACCAUUAUAUGGGUUUCAAUAUCCCUGCUACUAGUUUUAGCUUGGGGAGUAGGAAUCAUCAUGUUGCUGUAUCUGCCUUUCAAAAGAUAUGUGCUUCAGAAGGAUAUUUCCUCACGUAAACUCUAUGUUACUCCUCAUGCAAUAGUCUACAAGGUGUCAAGACCUUCCUUUUUACCCUUUUGGGGAGUAGUAUCAAUAGAAAGGCAUGUACCUCUGUCACAGGUGAUCGAUGUUAUCAUUGAACAAGGCUGCUUGCAAUCAGUAUAUGGAAUCCACACCUUUAGGGUCGAAAGCAUAGCCUAUGGAAAAGCCGCUCCUGUUGAUGAACUGCGGGUGCAAGGGGUAUCUAACCCUGGACUUCUGAGGAAGAUCAUUGUAACUGAAGCCUCCAAGGUCAUACUAGAAGUUGGUAGAAGCUGGAGACCUGCUUCUCAAAUCGCUGAAGGGGAAACUAUGGUUCGGAUGGGUUCUUUCGAGGGUCCAGCUGUUUUUAGAUCACCGUCCAAAAGUUGGAAGGUCGUGGGUUCCCCGCGUCAUGCUUCAGUUGAGCAGAGAGGUCCACUUCAUGCUGUUUUGCUGCUACAUAAACUAGACGAGGUUAACAAAUCAGUAAAGAAAAUUGAGUCGCUUAUAGAGAAGUUCCAAUCCUCAGAAGAGAGAAGCAGCUCAAGUCGCAUUUCCCCUGUAAGAAGACUCGAAUUCUAGUUUUCCAAAUGCACCAAUCAGAAAUUGAAGGCUCUGUUUCCUUGCGAUGGUAUACAAGCCUCUGUUGAUCAGGAAAUAGAAGAUGGUAAAUAGAAACAUGAAGUAACGUAAUUCUCUGGUUUGCUGUAUUGGAAAAACAGGAUUUCAGCUGCAACCUCAACAUGGUUUAGCCUUUUGCCUCAGAUGAAGCUAUUAUUUUGUGGCUUUUCCUUCAUCUAGUUUACUGUUGGGAACUUCAACGAAGACAACUCUUGUUAUAUAUCGUGUAUUCGAUAUUAGUGUUGCUGCCAUUGUUUUAUCGGUGUAUGUAUUUGUUUUUAAACUGGAGGCAUCUAUUUUACCCCUUGAGGUUAGGUUGUUGGAAUGAUACAAUUUGAAUGAGUUUUUAAGCAGGUGUCUGCUAAUGUAGGAGUAUUUUGUAGCAGCGAUGAAUUUAGAGCAUUGAUCUUUCAUCUU